UGACCGGGAGCGCUGGGCCCGGCCCGGCCCGGGCGCCUGCGGGUCCCGGCUCGGCGUGACCCGGUUCGGGUGACCCGGCGAUGGCAGUGCCGGAGGCGGUGCCGGGCCGGCAGCGGGCCCUGGCCGCCGGCUCGCCCGUGGACUACAUGAGCAUCACCAGCUUCCCGCGGCUGCCCGAGGACGAGCCGAGCGGCGCGGCCGAGAGCGGCCUCCGCGCCCGCAAGGAGGAGGACGCGUUCCUGGGCGAGCAGGACACGGACCCAGACUCCUUCCUGAAGUCUGCGCGUCUGCAGCGCCUGCCCUCGUCCUCCUCAGAGAUGGGGAGCCAGGAUGUGUCCCCUCUGCAGGAGACCAGCAAGGACCCCUUCUCAGGAGACUGCAGCUGCCGGCAGGAUGGGCUGACCGUCAUCAUCACCGCCUGCCUGACCUUCGCCACUGGUGUCACCGUGGCCCUCAUUAUGCAGAUCUAUUUUGGGGACCCUCAGCUGUUCCACCGCGGCGCCGUGGUGACGGACGCCGCGCGCUGCACCGCGCUGGGCACCCACGUGCUGGCCAGGCACGGCUCCUCGGUGGACGCGGCCAUCGCCUCGGCCCUCUGCGCCGGCAUCGUCAACCCCCACACCUCGGGGCUGGGCGGGGGCGGGGUGAUGCUGGUCCACGACAUCCGCAAGAACAGGAGCUGGGCCAUCGACUUCCGUGAGGUGGCUCCCUUGGGCAUCCCGCUGGAAGGGGACCUGCAGCAGGACACCAAGCCAGGUCUGCUUGUAGGGGUGCCAGGCAUGAUCCUAGGAAUGCACCAGGCACACCAGUUACAUGGCAGGCUCCCAUGGUCCGAGCUGCUGGGCCUCGCAGCCGGUGUCGCCCAGAACGGCUUUAAUGUCACACAUGACCUGGCCAAAGCCCUGAGUGAACUGAAGGACCUGAACUACUCUGAGCGAUUCCAGGAGAUCUUCCUGCCCGACGGGCAGCCCCUGCUGCCGGGGACGUUCGUCCGGCGCCUGGACCUGGCGGCCGUGCUGCAGCUGCUGGGGGCAGAGGGGGUGUCAGCCUUCUACAGCGGGAACCUGACCCAGGAGAUGAUCUCUGAGGUCCAUGACUACGGAGGAGUCUUGGUGGAGGAGGAUUUCAGCAAUUACAGUGUCACUGUGGAGGACCCCGUGCACACAAUCUAUCGAGGGCACCUUGUUUUCACCCCCCCACCUCCACAUGCAGGUCCUGCACUGAUCUCAGCACUGAACAUCCUCGAGGGCUUUAACAUCACAAGGCAAGGAUCCAGAGGGAACAUCUUGCACUGGAUGGUGGAGACACUAAAAAUAGCCCUGAGUCUGGCGAGCAACCUGGGAGACCCAUCUGGUGACAUGUCUGUCACUCACACAGCAGAAGGCAUGGUGAGUAAAUCAGAAGCCAGUUCCCUGCGGCAGCUGAUCAAUGACUCCCAGUCCUACCCGUCCGUGCCUCGUUCCCCCCUGGAGAGUGGGGCUGCUGCCAGCCAGGUCCUGGUCAUGGGCCCCGAUGACUUCAUCGUCGCUGUGGUGAGUUCUUUGAAUCGUCCCUUUGGCAGUGGAAUAGUAACACCCUCUGGAAUCCUCCUGAACAGCCAGAUGUUGGACUUCUCCUGGCAAAAUAAAACAAUGAACCACUCCAUUCCCAGGCUGCAUAACCUCCCUCAGCCGGGGAAGCGGCCGCGGUCCUUCCUGCUGCCCACCAUCGUGAGGCCCUCCCAGGGCAUGUGUGGCACCUACCUGUGCCUGGGAGCCAACAACGGGGACCGAGCCCUGAGCAGCCUCAUCCAGGUUUUGGUAAAUGUUUUAACGUUUAACAAGAAUCUGAGUGAAAGUUUGUCACUUGGUCGACUUCACCCCCAGCUUCAGUCCAACACCUUGCAGGUUGACAGUGAGUUUCCUGAAGAAGAUAUUGAAUUUCUUGUGGCCAGGGGCCACCAGGUGAAUAAAGUCCCAGUGGUAUCCCUGGUUCACGGGGCCAGGAGAACCAACAGUUUCAUCAUUGGCCUGAAGGACCCCAGGAGUGCAGAUGCUGCUGGAGCCACCAUCUUGUAGCAGCUGCCAGGGCCGUGUGCUGUGGCCAGGCUGUCACACAACCCUGUGAUGUGCAUGUCCUGAAGUGGCCCCUUCUCCAGCCCUCAUACUGCUGGGAAGGUGUUCUGCAGCCCCCACCCCGACAGCACCAGAGGAGUUGGCAGCAGCAACAUCCAGCUCUCCUUUUAUUUUUCCAUCAUUUGGAUUGCAAGCAGCCCCAUCCUUGUUACAGGAGUGGCAGGAGCACUUUUCUUUUGGCAGUCUUGCUAAUAGUUCAAUCUUUCCAAAACCCAGUUCUAGCCAGCAUCUUACUUUUAGGGAUCAGGAACAUGAGCAAGGGAGAAAACAGCUGCUGCCACUGAUAUUAUUAUUGAUGAUAAUUAUCCUCCUCUCCCUGUCUUUCCCAAGCUCCUUAUUUGCUUCCAGUGCAAGCCAGUAAUUAAUACAGCCUGAUGUAGUGUUUGUAGGUGCCUGCAGCUGGAAUACUGGGGAGUCCUCUAAUAUUCCUUCCAGGCCAGCUGAUUUUUGCCAGCGUGCAGCGUCCCAGGGAAGUUCCUGUGUCCACAUCACUACAUACCUUGAAUUUUGGCAGUAAAUAUUUUGAAUCCAGUUGUUGUGCAGACUCAUUGGCAGUUUGAUUUUGUAACCACAGGUUUUCAACAGGUCUAAUAACUUCUUCCUCUUAACAACUUGUGCACCCCCAGUAGUUUUCCUACAGAGGUUCAACCUCCUCAGUGGUGAAUUUCUGAUUAAUGGUAGCAGGUUUAACUUUCUUAGACACUUUUUGGAGAUAUCUUAGCAGUACUCCACAGUGAAAAAACACAGAUCAUGGACUGAAGACCACAUUUGGAUGGGUUCAGAGCUCUCCUUCCACUGCAUUAUCUCAGUCUGUUCCAAAAGCCUGGCUCAUUCCUACUGAGAGGCUUGGAAAUUUCUGCUGAUUGAAUUAAUGGCUGUACCUUAGCUCUGUGUUUUAGUCCCAGUGAAUCUAUUGGAAAAGCUGAAGAGAGUGAGAGAAAAAGUAGAAACCAAACCAAACACUACUGAGAUAAAUUUCUGUCCACAGCAUGUAGUGAAAAAUAAAAGAAUGC